CUUUGGAUAUAGCAACCGCCUGCCGGGAGCAAACGCGCGCCCUGGAGGGGAGAGCGGCUGUUGCGCGGGCGCGGGCAGGGGCGCAGGGAGGGGAUAUGGCAUCCAGCCAGCGCAUAACUUUAGACCAAUGGAAGAAAAAAGCAGCAAAAGUUGAACUGAAUGACACCCAGAAGCAAGAAAUUAAAGAGGCCUUUGACUUAUUCGAUAUUGAUGGAUCUGGAACCAUAGAUCUGAAAGAACUGAAGAUUGCAAUGCGGGCCUUAGGCUUUGAGCCAAAGAAAGAAGAAGUAAAACAACUGAUCGCUGAAAUCGACAAGGAAGGGACUGGCACCAUUUGUUUUGAAGAUUUUUUUGCCAUCAUGAGCGUAAAAAUGAGUGAAAAAGAUGAAAAAGAAGAAAUACUGAAGGCAUUUAAAUUAUUUGAUGACGAUGCUACGGGAAGCAUAUCACUAAAUAACAUCAAGAGGGUUGCCAAGGAGCUAGGGGAAAACUUAACCGAAGAUGAAUUACAGGAAAUGCUUGAUGAAGCUGAUCCUGACGGGGAUGGAGAGAUUAAUGAGGAAGAAUUCUUGAAGAUGAUGAAGAAGACCAGCCUUUAUUAGCUGCUUGGUACCUUCCAAGAGGUUUGGACCUCCUGUUAACAGCUUUCCUGUUAAGCAGUUCAAUGAUGUAAUACCUGAGUGUAUCCAUUUCCACUUUUAGUUUAGGUUAGUCCCUUGGUGUCUAAUCUGUGCCAGAAGUUAUAUGUCCCUACCAAUGUCAUUAAAUCUGUAGUAGUAAGAAACAAACAGAAAA